GACACCCGUUGGUGUGUCAGAAGUUUUACGCCUGACCCCGGUUAUCUCGCGACGGAGGACAAAAUCUGCGCGGAACCCCGUCAGUUUACGCUUCUGGGUAAUGGAACUGGAUAAAAUGGACGAAAAUGACUGGAAAUAUCACGGGGAAGGCAACAAGAGUUUGGUUGUGUCUCAUUCGCAGCAUUGCCGAGUUCUGCGUCUGUUGAAGUUUCCUUCUGAAGAUUCCGCGCAUACACGACAGACUGCAGAACAAGCUUUUCUGCACAUCCUCAACAUUGUGGAUUAUAGCAAAUAUGUCAUGAAGCCUUUGCUUGGGGAGAAAUACGUUCACAGUGGAGAGGUCGUCAAGCUACCAUUGGAUUUUGUGAGACAGCUGUCACUGAAAGUCCAGCAAGAACGACCUGAACUACGCUGUGACAAGGUCAUGGACACGUUUAGUGGGUAUGGCUUAUGUCUUCCCAACCUCACCCAGCUCCACCACCACCUCACUGACCACAGACCGCCUAUUUGCGUCGAGAUUAAGCCAAAAUGUGGAUUUCUACCCUGUUCAAGACACAUUACCAAGGAAUGCAAGAGCAAAGUAUGCAGAUUCUGCAUGUAUCAGCAUUUCAAGUUAGCUAAUGGAAAAUGGAAGCGACUCAGCAGAUAUUGCCCCCUGGAUCUCUUUUCAGGGAGCAAACAGCGAAUGUAUGUUGCAAUGAAGAACUUGUUAGAGGAACCUCAAAACAACUUGAAAAUCUUUAAGGGUGGAGAGUUGAUAUAUAGCUGUAAAGACGACGCCAAGCAGCAGCCCGACUUGAACGAUCUCAUUCAGCACCUUCGGCCUUAUUUCCCUCACAGUAAUGGCCACUAUAACAGCCACCAGCCUGGCAAAGCUGUCCUCAACGAGUUCAUCCAGGUGAUCUGUUCCGCCCUGCUGAGCAGCGGGGACUCGAAUCGCUCGGGAGAACCGAGAAAGAUGCACCUGUCUGAGAGCAGACCGCACUGCGAGGCUAGUCCAUUCCCUAGAGAUCUGCUCCGCAACGGUAACCACGGUCUCCCUAAAGACAGUGUUCUUGCAAAAAUCCUCCAUGUUCAGAUGUUGGAUAACCUGGAUAUUGAAGGAGUCUACCCACUGUACAAACGAGUGGAACAAUAUCUGGAAGAGUUCCCCAAAGAAAGAAACAGACUUCAGAUAGAUGGCCCUUAUAAUGAGAGUUUCAUGGACAAAGUGAAAAACUGUCCCACUGAGGAUGACGGCUCUGUAGAAUAUGCAGCUGGGAAGGUUCAUCAGUAUAGAGUCGCAAUGACCGCCAAAGACUGCUCAAUCAUGAUCACAUUUGCACCUUGUGGGGAAGACGAGGAAAACCAGCCGAAUCUGGACAUCCAACCUGCGAAGCCUCGUUUUACGUAUUCGGUCUCCAUCUUGGAUCUGGACCCCAAGCCAUACGAAGGCAUUCCUCACCAGUACAAGCUGGACACCAAAAUCGUCAACUACUAUUUGCGGAGCACGCAGGCUCUACCCUCCUCCAGCCUGUAUAAAGAGAGGCAGGAGUGCACGCUGCUUUUCCACGCUGUAUGAUACACCUCCAAGAUUGCUGCUUUUCAUCCAAGCGUCGGAAAUGUGAAAAGUGAAGUUUAGGUUGAAAUAGAGAUACUGUUUUUGUUGUUUGUUUAGUUGUUUGCCCUUCCUUCGUUUACGGCUCCUGCUUUGUUGUACUGCAACGUGACGUUGGCAGUGACAAUGGCAUUCGUGGCUGUUGCCGGGGUGACCUGAUGUUUAUCUUUUUGUAGGGGAUGUUU